UGAAACUCUCCUCACAUUUCAUGAAACUCCAUCCUUCUCUCUCCUUACUAUAUCAGCAAAAUUAAUUGUAUUUAAUAUCAUAAAAUUAUCCAUAAAAUUCUUACUCAAAGUGGCUGCGGGUGUGGGGGCACCGGCACAGUGGCCAACGGCUCGUCCCCACCUCCCGCUCCUCCAUCCAUGCGGUCAUGCCCAAUCAGUCAACGGCAACCAAACAAAGUUGCACGCAAAACAGAGCAGGCCCACUCCAAAACUUGUCACCCGUGGACCUCCCCAGGAAAGCAAGGCCGGCCGGCCAAUGCAGCUGCGAGGCCAGACCGCCAGAGGGGCGGGGCGCAGUGAGUGAGCGGCAAGCUCUCUCCCCUCCCGAUCUGGCAGCCAUGGCCGCGGAGAGCUGCCACCCCCGCGGCCUCUCGUGGCUCGCCAGGUCCUGCAUCCCCGCCGACCCCGCACGCCACAUCGCCGUCCCCGUCCCCAUCUCUGCCACGGCCACCACCAACCCAGCCUCCGACACCGAGGAGUCCCCCAUCUCCACGCUCCCCGACGAGCUCCUCCUCGAGUGCCUCGCCCGCGUACCCCGCUCCUCCCUCCACCCGCUCCCCGCCGUAUGCCGCCGCUUCGCCGCGCUCCUCGCCUCCCACGGCUUCCUCCACCUCCGCCGCGCCCACGGCCGCCUCCGCCCUUGCCUCCUCGCCGUCUCCGUCUCCUCCGCCCACGGCGCCGCUGGUGCCUUCGCCCGCGCGCUGCUCCAGCUCGGCGCCUCCUCCCGCCCCGAACUCGAGGUCGCCGCGUUGCCCCUGCCUCCGCCGCUCCUGCAUUGCGCGGGCUCCUCCUCCUCCGCGUUCGCGUUCGCGCACGCGCGCGCCGUCGCGGUGGGCCGCGAGGUGUUCCUCAUCGGCUGCGGCGCGACGCUGCGGGUGGACGCGCUCACGGGCGCGGCGCGCGCGUGCGCGCCCACGCUGUUCCCGCGGAAGAAGUUCGCGGCGGCGGCCGUGGGCGGGCGGAUCUACGUCGCGGGCGGCUCGGCGCGCACCGCGGCGGUGGAGGAGUACGACCCGGCGGCCGACGCGUGGCGUGUCGUGGCGGAGGCGCCGCGGCGGAGGUACGGGUGCGCGGGGGCGGCCGCGGGCGGCGUGUUCUACGUCGCCGGCGGGGUGGCGGUGUCCGGUCACCCCGUCGGGGAGGGCGGCGCCCCGCGCGCGCUCGAGGCGCACGCGUGCGCCGGGUCGGUGGACGCGCUGCACGUGGCGUCGGGCGCGUGGGCGUGGUCGGCGCGGCCGCGGGCGGUACCCGGCGGCGGGUGCGUCGUGGGCGCAUGCGGCGCCGGGGACGGCCACCUCUACGUGGUGGCCAGCCACGCGGUGGACCUCUCCUUCUGGCGGUGGAGCGGCGGCGGGAACAGAGGAGGAGGCGGCGCGUGCGGGUGGGUGGCGCUGGAGGCGCCGCCGGUGCCCCGGGGCUCGGUGGGUCUGGGCACGGCGGUGCGCGUGGCGAUGGCCGGCGUGGGCGCUGACAGGGUGGCCGCGGUGGUGAACGUGGCGGCCGUGAGGGGCCACAACGCGGCGGGUGGCGGCGCAGCACUGGAAGGAUUGGUGCUGGUGUAUGACAUCGGCGGCGGCAAGUGGAGCCGCGCGCCCGACCUGCCGCCGGGGUUCCGGCGGGCCGCGUGUGCCGCCGUCGAGUGCUGACACUGACCUUGUUGGGGAUGUGGGGGUCCUACAGUUUCAUUGACAUUUUUAGUUGCUUGGAUUGAUCAUUAUGCGAUGCGAAGCAACAUCGUCAUCAUCUCGUGGAUUGCUGUUGAGGAAUCGAUUGAAGUUGCGUUUUUUUCUUUCAAUUGAGCACUAGCGAAAUUGAUGCGGACA